AUUAUAGGUUUUCAUUUGAGGGUGAGCCCGUCUUUCCACAGUUUUGCGGUGCGCCUUACUGCCAUUACAUGUGCCUUCCCUAAAAGGGGCAUGAAUGGUGGCGGGGCAGCGGGCAGAGGAGAUGUUGGCUUCACUAAAAGAGGCAUGGAUGGUGGCGGGGCAGCGGGCAGAGGACAUGUUCAGAGACAUCGUAUGUACACAAACAAAGAGACAACAUUUCAUUUCAUUUCAUCCGAGAGAAGAGCAUGAGUGAGAAAAUCUGCAAAAUUUUUUGUUUCGUUUAGAAAGAGAGAGAGAUGGAGGAGAGAGUGGAGGGUCUGUGGUCAGAUGUUCGCGAACUAAACCUUGGAACCACCACCGAAAUCGAGCACCUCCACAACCCCCCAACCCCUCUCUGCUUCCUCAGAGACUUCGUCUCUCAAAACAAACCGUGCCUCAUCUCCAACGCCACAACCCACUGGCCCGCCCUCUCUCUGUGGCCCUCCAACUCCUACCUCUGCAAAGCCCUAAAAGAUAGCACCAUCUCUCUCCACCUCACUCCGAAUGGCCGUGCCGAUGCCCUCACCACCUUCACCUUACCCAAUAAUAAAAAUAGCCUCACCUGCUUCGCCUCCGCCUUUGUAAAACGCAUGCCCUUCGACAGAGCCCUGAACCUCAUAGCAACAAAAACUGAGAAGAAAGGGACUGUGGCCUAUAUGCAACAACAGAAUGAUUGCCUCCUUGAAGAGUUUGGGGUGAUAGCGGGAGAUGUAGCGGCGGAGGUGGGUUGGGCUACGGAGGCGUUUGGGUGCUCCCCAGAGGCAGCGAAUUUGUGGAUUGGGAACGGGGAGUCGGAGACGUGGUGGCACAAGGACCACUACGAGAAUUUGUAUGCGGUGGUGUCCGGGGAGAAGCAUUUUUUGCUGCUCCCACCCACUGAUGUGCACAGAUUGUAUGUCAAGGAGUACCCGGCUGCUCAAUACACUUGUGAUGAUGAUCACGAUCUGGAAAGUGGGGAGUUGAGGCUGGAAUUGGAGGAGCCAUUGCGAUAUAUACCAUGGUGCAGCGUGGAUCCAUAUCCAUCACCUGAGAGGAGAGGGAGGGAAAUGUCUUUGUAUCCAAGAUACUUCAAUGGCCCAAAGCCAUUUGAGUGCACUGUCAAAGCUGGUGAUAUGCUAUACUUUGGCUCAACAGAACUUAUUGAUCACCUUCUACUUGGGGAAUGCAGGCCAAGCAUGUGGUUUCACCAUGUUAGGCAGACCCCUGACAGCGAAGGAAAGACCAUAGCUGUUAACUACUGGUAUGACAUGCAGUUUGAUAUCAAAUAUGCAUACUUUUACUUCUUGCAAUCGAUCAGUCUCCCAUCAAAUGAUCCUGAAAAGGCUCAGCAUCCAGAUACAGAAGACUAUAAGAAACAACAAGUGCUUCAAAUUCCAAUUGGUGAGCAAGAGGAUUGACUGUUCCUUUGUUUUUCGGGGCAGCAAUCAGAGAUCACUAGUACAUAAACUUGCAGAACUCAAUGAAUUUGAAGUUCGCUGAAUUAAUCAUGCAGAGAACUAAGUAAUGAAGACGGAAGACAGUUUUCAGAGCCGGUCACAGAAUGUCAAGUUUGCCAAGACAUAAAGAUGCAGAAGUUGGGAUAUUCUUGUUUCAUACUCUUCAACAGUAACAAAUAAAGAAAAAUAUUCCUUUUAAAGUAAUGUUGACGGUCACAUUGAUUGCUGUGAAAGAUAUGUACAGAAUUAAAAUUUAAACCAAAAAGCACUAUACAUCCAGAAAAUGUGAUAUAACUAUUGAAACCCCACAUAUAUAUAUGCCGAAAGCUCAAAAAAUGUGAGAAAAUCGGUCCUAGAUGAGAUGCCUGAAAAUGCUUUACUCUUAAUGAGGCCAUGGGCUUCCGAAUUUACCUGGAGCCAUGUAUGUCGCCAGCAGAUGUGUGUCAUCCAAUAGAGGUCGAAACAAUUUCAAAGAGGUGGAUGGCUCAUCCACGGACAGAGUGAUGCUCUUAUAGCCCGAGAGAUGACGUUCUAGGAAUCCUUAGUGACCAAAAUGGGGUUCCAAUUUGGGUUAAAAUUGGAACCUUCUUUAUCUCUAAAUGUUUGUCUAGUGUGAAACCUUCUUUAUCUCUAAAUGUUC